AUGGCGACAGGACUGUUCGCGUCCCUGCCAAAGCCAAAAUACACCGGCGAACAUGAAGAAGUUCCACUCCACGCCCAACCGAAGGGACCCCGAAUUGUUGGACCCGGCGUCGUUGAUGAAUCUCAGAUCGUCUUGAAGCGCGCUGGACCCCCUGCCUACGGCCAAAGAUCGGGAUGGCGACCUCGAUCAGCAGAAGACUACGGCGACGGCGGUGCGUUCCCCGAAAUCCCCGUCGCACAGUACCCUCUCGACAUGGGCCGGAAAGGGACAUCGUCAACCUCCAACGCUCUGGCAAUCCAGGUCGACGCCGAGGGCAAGGUGAAAUACGACGCCAUAGCACGACAGGGGCACAGCGAGAGUCGAAUCAUCCAUUCCAGUUUCAAGGAUUUGAUUCCAUUACGGCAGCGCGCUGAUGCCGGAGACAUCAACCUCGACCGUCCCACCCAAGAAGAAGCACAAGCGACGGCCGAACGCACGAAGCAGGCUCUCGAGAAACUCGUCUCAGGCGCGGUGGCAGCGCAACGGCCGAAAAACGUAAAGGGCGUCACCAGAGAAGAACCCACUUACGUGCGCUACACCCCCGCCAACCAGAUGGGUGACACGUCCAAGAAGAACGACCGCAUCUUUAAGAUCGUCAAGAGACAGGAAGAUCCCAUGGAACCUCCGAAGUUCAAGCAUAAGAAGAUCCCUCGGGGUCCCCCUUCGCCCCCGCCGCCCGUGAUGCAUUCCCCGCCCCGCAAGUUGACGGCGGAAGACCAAGAAGCCUGGAAGAUCCCGCCGCCCAUCAGCAACUGGAAGAAUCCCAAGGGCUACACCGUCCCGCUGGACAAGAGACUAGCAGCAGACGGGAGAGGUCUGCAAGACGUGACGAUUAAUGACAAAUUCGCCCAAUUCGCAGAGGCGCUCUUCACCGCGGACCGCCACGCGAGAGAGGAAGUCCGGCUGCGGGCUCAAAUGCAGCAGAAACUAGCCGAGAAGGAGAAACUGGCCAAGGAGGAUCAUCUGCGCGAGAUGGCGCGAAAGGCAAGGGAGGAAAGGCAACGGAACAACGAAUCCGGACCUUCACGCCGGUCGAGGACGAGAUCGAGAUCGAGAUCGAGAUCAUAUUCCGAUUCCUCUGACGGGGGGCGCUCUCGGAGCGGUUCCGAAGACGAAUCCGCGCGAGAACGAGAACGCGCCCGCCGGGAGCGCCGUGCCGAAAACGAGCGCCAACUCCGCCAGUCGCGCAUGGGCACGGAAAAACGCAUGCAAAUGCUAGCGCGCGAACAGAACCGCGACAUCUCGGAGAAGGUCGCCCUGGGAUUGGCGAAACCGACGCAGAACAAGGAGACCAUGUACGAUUCCCGGCUGUUCAACCAGACCAGCGGGUUCGACAGCGGGUUCAACGAGGAUCAAGCGUACGACAAGCCGCUCUUUGCGGCGCAUGAUGCGAUCAAUUCGAUUUAUAGACCGACCGCCGGUGGGGCCGACGAGGAGGAAUACGGCGACGACGCCGCGGCCGGGGAGAUGGGCAAGAUCAGCAAGAGUAAUCGAUUUGAAGUGUUGGGUCGUGCAAAGGAGGGCUUUAAAGGCGCGGAUGUGGCGGAACGGGAAGCCGGGCCCGUCCAGUUCGAGAAAGACAAGGACGAUCCUUUUGGGAUUGAUAGCCUGAUUGGCGAGGAGAGGGAUCGAGCGAGAGGGAGCGACAAAGAUUCCGGCAAAGGGAAGAAAAGAUAUGGACUCGACACGGGCGAGGAUAGGGAUCGGGAAGAAAGAGACGAGAGGAGGAAGAGGGCCAGGGUGGAUGAUGAUUAG